AUGAGUGGUAACAUGGUCAUUGAUACCUUAACUAAUGGUUCAAUGACUACUUUGUUGUUGAUGAAGUUUCUUGAAUUCGAAGAGAAUACGGAGUCGAGUUUCAUGACUGUGAGGCAGGUAGAGAUGUCCUUGAGAGAGAGUACUCAAGUGUUCAUAGUGUUUGCGUCCUUGAGUGGGGGAAGCAAGAGAAUUAUUAUGGAUAUACUCGUUGUGUGUGAUUUUCGUGAAAUGUUCCCAUAUGACAUCAGUGAUUUGCCACCAGAGCUUGAAUUGGAGUUUGUUAUAGACUUAAUACUUGGUACCAGUCAUGUGUCGUUGGCUCCUUAUUGGAUGUCUGCUUUAGAGUUGAAUGAGCUGAAUAAGCAAUUAUAA